AUGGCUUCCUCGUGGGAGCAGCUCGGGGAGAUUGGCUCGGUUGCCCAGCUUGUGGGUAUUGACGCCGUCAGUCUGAUCAAGAUGAUUGUGAAGGCAGCCAACACGGCGCGAAUGCAUAAGAAGAACUGCCGGCAGUUCGCCCAGCACCUGAAGCUGAUCGGCAAUCUGCUGGAGCAGCUCAGGAUCUCAGAGCUGAAGAAAUACCCCGAGACCCGGGAGCCGCUGGAGCAGCUGGAGGACGCGCUGAGGAAGUCUUAUGUGCUUGUGAAUAGCUGCCAGGACCGGAGCUACCUCUACCUCUUGGCUAUGGGAUGGAAUAUCGUCUACCAGUUCAGAAAGGCCCAGACAGAGAUCGACCGCUACCUCCGGAUUGUGCCUCUCAUCACCCUCGUCGACAACCUCAGAGUCAGGGUAUCUACCAUUUCUCCUCAGUAUAAACUGAAAUAGCGUGUGCUCUGAUUUUCCAGGAAUUCGACAGUCCUGAGAGCGUUUCCAGAUAAAGCCGCGGGGAUCCCACCUUUUUUUUCCUAAGAAAACAGUGUGCAUUAGUCAUCUGUGGCGCUGGAUACUCAUAUUUGUCUGUCUUCCAUUUAUCCACUUCGGAAUUAUAGAAACUAGAUGCCCACUAUGUUUUUAAAAUCGAUCAUUCAUUAUUUUCGAGUCCUAAAGGCUGAUUAUUUGCCAGGUAGAAAGCUUCUUGUUCUUUUUUUUUUUUGUUCAUAUUGAUCGCUUCUGCGGUGGUUUCUAUUUCCUGAUUAUAAUUCGGUUCCUGUUAUACAAAUUUGCGCAGGAAAAACUGGAGAACAUAGAAAGGGAUCAAUGUGAGUAUACCUUGGACGAAGAGGAUAGGGAAGUUCAAGAUGCUAUAUUAAGCCGUGAACCUUCAAAAAAUGACAUGAUGGUGCUCAAAAAGUCCCUUUCUUGUUCUUACCCAAACAUGCCUUUAGACAAAGCCCUAAGGAAAGAAGGUGAGAAACUCCAGUUAGAACUGCAGAGAUCCCAAGCUCACAUGGAUGCCGGCCAAUAUGAAGUCAUCCAACACUUGAUUGGGGUGACAAAGACUGUGGCAAAUUCUCUCCCCGAGAAGGACCCCCAGCCCAAGAACACCAAGAAAUCAGAGGAGCAAUGCUCAGAUUAUGAGCCUACUAAAGAGCAUGCCGGCAAAAGGUCGUACAUAUAUCCCUCUCUGUUCAGCGACUUGUUUUCCGGGGAUGUGUUCUGAGUGAUGCUAUGAUUUGUCAUCGUUCUUAUCUUUCAUGCAUAUUAUUUAUGAUCUCAGCUCAGCUAAGGGCUCACGUCAGCAUGACGAAUGGCAUGCAGAUCUGCUGGGUUGCUGCUCUGAACCUUAUUUAUGUGAGCCCAAUUUUAAUCUCUUUUUUAAAAUAUAGUCCCUUAAAUAGAAUUACCGUGCAUUUAAACCUCUUUUCACACGUUGACUAACAACUGAAGUGCGUUGAAAAAGGAGCUUCAGUCUGCGAUAUUUAGUUCAAUCACUGGAGCCUUUCUCAUUGCGAUUGAAUUCUUGCAGGCACGAAGACCUUCUUCUAUCCUUGUGGAACAUUCUCCAAGAUAUCUUCUGUAGCCAAAAAUAGGGACGUUUGUAAGUAUUUCUCAUGACUAUGUCUUUCUUUGUACUUUUUAUUUUUCUUCUUAUGAAUAUAUAUUUCUCUAUUUAACCUAUGAAUAGAAUGUAUUGACAUAAUUCUAGUUGGUAGUUAAUUUGUGGGUGCGAUUUUCUAGUUUCUUUUUAGUGCAAUAAAUCCUGCAACUGCCCUAAAGGCUUCCUUUGACUUUUUAUGGCCUGGGCCACGGGAACUAAGCCUGUGAGCAAGAUGAGUCCAAAACGGAGCUUCCGUUGACUUUUUAAUGCAUUUCAUGGUAUUUAAUGCAUGACAUUGAUUCCAGCAUUGCUGCAAGAUUUAUGAUUUUUUUUUAUGUGCUCAUGUGCUCUUAAUUAUCCAUUCAAGAUUAUUGAUCUCAUCUGCCCUGGUUUCCGACCCGUAGCUUCAGCCGAAGCCUGCAACGACCUGAUGGCUUACUCGUUAGUCUUAUCAUGCUGUUGCUACACCUGCUGCGUCAGAAGGAAGCUUCGCCAGAUGCUGAACAUCACUGUAUGUUCCUUUUUUUCGCAAUUUCCUCUUCCGUUGACUUUUAUCCGGCACUGAUCUUAUUCCUCCCACUUCCCACCGUCACAGGGGGGUCUUCUUGACGACUUCCUUUCUCAUCUGAUCUGCUGCUGCUGCGCCCUCGUCCAAGAAUGGCGAGAAGUCGAGGCCCGGGGGAUCUACAGUAAGUCUUACCCCUCACAGUAAGUCUAAAGUUCUAGCGCCGCCGGGCGUUGACUUUUCUAGGUUUUAAUCCGCAGAUUCCGUGGGCAAGAAGACGAGGACCAGCCCGCCGCCAUCUCAGGUGAUGGGUCCCUGA